AUGGUCCGUGCGCAUCACGCUCAACCAUGGGGUGCUUCUCCGAGCCUUGUGGUUGGGCGAGGGCGGCAUCUUCACGGUGGUGCUGCUGAGGUCCACCACCACAGGAGGCUGUGGACAGAGUGACUCUCCCAGCCGCUGGGAGAUGCUGGGAGAUGCUUCUGGUCGUAUCCCCGGCCAGUUUGCAUCCUUUCCCCGGGAGCUGAGAGAUCUGGCAUCCAAACACCCAAACCUGGUUCUUGUGAAGCUGGACGUUGCGAAUCCCUCAGCUAUCACUGAUGCAGCAAAGAUGGUGGAGGGGAAGCUGAACGGCACGGGCUUGAACCUGCUAAUAAACAACGCCGGCAUCUACACCCCGACGGCGUCGCUGGAGACGGUAGACGCUGAAGAGAUGAUAAGGACAUACAAGACCAAUGCGGUGGGGCCGAUGCUGAUGGCCCAGGCGUUCCUGCCCCUGUUGAAGAAGGCUGCCCGGGAGAGCACAGAAAAGGGACUGAGCUGCAGCAAGGCAGCCAUCAUCAACAUCUCCACUGUCAUGGGGUCCAUCGAGAAAACUCCCGAGUCCUUCUUCAAGCCUGUCAUCUCCUACCGCUGCAGCAAGGCUGCCCUCAACAUGCUCACCAAGUGCCAGGCUCUGACCUACGGGGAAGCCGGGAUCCUCUGCGUGGCACUUCACCCCGGCUGGGUGAAAACCGACAUGGGCAGCCAGGAGGCUGACCUGACGGUGGACACCAGCGUGCGGGGGCUGCUCUCGGUGCUCCCGACCCUCUCUGAGAAACACAGCGGGACCUUGCUCAACUGGGAAGGUAAAGCUAUUCCUUGGUGACCACCCUCCUCGCGAGGGACCCCGCCGUGCCGGGGG